CCUUACAGUAUUUUAGCUGGCGUUCUGUCCACGGAGGAGCAUCAGCAGGGUCCGUUGCCAUAGUUACCCCGGAGAGAGGGCGAGCCUGCUCACGUGACCCAGCAAGAUGGCGACCACAAUGUAGAAUGGAUGUGGAUGAUUUGAACUAAGUGGGUCCGUUAAGCUGGGAAUUUUUGGAUGAUUUGCUGGGCUGCUGAUUAAUUGUUCAUCUUCAUCAUAUCACAGAAUCAAGAUGGCCCUAAAUGUGUUUGAUCAUGAUGAAUACAGGCCACCGGUGUGGAAGUCUUAUUUGUACCAGCUCCAGCAGGAGGCUCCUCACCCUCGCAGACUCACCUGCACCUGCGAGGUGGACAACCGACCUAAAUACUACGGAAGAGAGUACCACGGGAUGAUCUCAAGAGAAGAGGCCGACCAGUUACUUAGUCAGGCCGAAGGCAGCUACCUCAUCAGAGAGAGUCAGAGGCAGCCGGGCACAUACACACUGGCUCUAAGGUUUGGGAACCAGACGAGAAACUUCCGCCUCUACCAUGACGGGAAGCAUUUUGUCGGAGAGAAGAGGUUCGAGUCCAUCCACGAUCUGGUCACAGACGGCCUCAUCACACUCUACAUCGAGACAAAGGCAGCGGAGUACAUCGCUAAGAUGACAAUAAACCCCAUCUAUGAACACGUGGGCUACACCACCCUCAACCAGGAGCCCACCCUUAAAAAGCUCCUACCGCUCAGCCCAGAGGCUCCAGACGGACCCGCUCCAGCCAAAGACGACAACAACGCUGAGGAAAGGCUCACAUCGCUGGUGCGGCGGGCCACCCUGAGGGAGAGCGACUUGGCGCCCAAGUACGAGAAGGUCCACAACUUCAAGGUUCACACAUUCAGAGGCCCCCACUGGUGCGAGUACUGUGCCAACUUCAUGUGGGGUCUCAUCGCUCAGGGAGUCAAGUGUGCAGACUGUGGCUUGAACGUCCACAAGCAGUGCUCCAAAGUCGUCCCUAACGACUGCCAGCCGGACCUGCGACACGUCAAGAAGGUGUACAGCUGCGACCUCACCACGCUGGUCAAAGCCCACAACACCAAGAGACCCAUGGUGGUCGACAUGUGCAUACAGGAACUCGAGGCGAGAGGUCUUCAGUCAGAGGGUUUGUACAGAAUAUCAGGCUUCAGUGAGCUGAUUGAAGAUGUUAAGCUGGCUUUUGACAGAGACGGAGAGAAAGCCGACAUCUCUUCAAACGCUUACGAGGACAUCAACAUCAUCAGCGGAGCCCUCAAACUCUACUUCAGAGAGCUGCCUAUUCCUCUCAUCACAUAUGACGCCCACCCACGCUUCAUAGAAGCUGCAAAGAUCACAGACGCAGAAAAACGUCUGGAGUCUCUCCACGAGGCCUUGAAGCUGCUGCCGCCAGCUCACUGCGAGACGCUGCGAUACCUCAUGGCUCACCUCAAGAGAGUGACCCAGUACGAGAAGGAGAACCUCAUGUCCAGCGAGAACCUGGGCAUCGUCUUCGGCCCAACACUGAUGAGGGCCCCCGAGCUGGAUGCCAUGACGGCGCUCAACGACAUCCGAUACCAGAGACUCGUGGUGGAAACGCUCAUUACACAUGAAGACGUGUUGUUCUGAGAGGAGGAGGAGGAGGAGGAGGAAUGAUUCUUCCACCAAGUCGAGGAAGGACAGAGAGGUUGGAAAGGUGCUUAUACGCUUUGUCCUCACGUGAAAAGGACAAGAAGAUGAAGAAGAACGCAGCCGAGAAGUAAACUACCUGUUCAUGUGAGGAGUGGAAGGAAUAAUGAAGGAAAUUGCAAAGAAGGAACUAAUAAAAAAAAAAAACAAAACACACACAUAACUAGAUGGAAGGAUGCAGUGUUUCCCGACAUUUUAAGUGUAAGAGAGAUUAGCGAAACGAACUUUCCACAGAAGAUACAAAAGAUAAAAUUCUACAAGAGCAAAAACAACAACACUGCUUUGUCUGUGUAGGGGAAACACUGUGUGAUCCAUCUGUAUGUCUUCUCUUUCUUAAAUGGAUGCCUUGACAGCUUUUAUCGUUCUUGAUUGGACUUAUUUUAGGGUCAUACCGUUGGGAGAAAGAAAUAACGGCUUGAGUUAGCGUCGUUAGCAUUUACCACAGAAACUAAAUGAGACUGCUAGCCACGCGCUAAUGAGCAAGUGGUCACCUAGGUUUCAGUGGGAAAAAAAUACAAUAAUGCUGCUUUCUAAUCAGUGUUUUCCUUUCAGUUCUUCCUGUUAAGAUGCGUCAAGGUAUUCCUUUAAUCCCUCCUGGAGAGAAGAAGCAGCAGCACUGACUUCACAACAGUAGACAGCUGGAUGAAUGAAUGAAUGAAUGAAAGUGACUUCCUCACCCGUAACACACACUCAUUCCUCUGAAGGAAACUUAAGUGACUUGGACCUAUUGUGUUUUCAUUCCUCUGUUAAACCUCAUUACUUUACAGCUCCCUCUGCGAUCAGACAUUACCUUUACACUAACAACCAAGUAGUUUUUUUAAUUGCUAACAGAGAAAAAAAGCAUUUUUCAUGUCAUAUCAUGAGCUUUUGUUGAAGAAAUUUUUUUCUAGGUUCGUUCCUGUAUGAUUACAUCAAAUAACAGAACUGGCGGAGCUGUAAAUUAAAUAGUUUAACAUUUUUUCUCUCACUUCUCCACCUGUCUGUUUUGCCUCUUAAGAGUAGAGACAUUUCAGAGUCUGUAUUCCAUUUAAAGGGAACAUUUUUGCAGAAUAUAUAAAAGUAUUUGACCCCAAGGGGCAGACGCGGAAAAGAUGAAUGCAUCUUAAGUGACUUGAAACUUACAUAUGUGAAACCGUUUUCUUUUUUGCUUUGUUUUGCUUUGGUUUGCCGUUUGUAUAGAGCAGUAUUGUAAUUAAGCAGUGUAAACAAGCAGUUUUUUGUGAUCAAAAUACUAAUUGAAAUUCCUAAUGGCGCACUCGAAUGCUUUGCAGCACUAAUAAUUUCAAGGCCUGUCAAAUUUAUUAGCCUGGAGGGAUAAUUCAGACACUGAUUAUUAGAAAUUUUAAUAUCAUCCUGUCCCUUCUCGAUAAUGAAGGCAAAGAAGUUCGAUUAAACUAAAACUCAUAUUGUUAAUUACUCUGUAUUAGUCUUUGCAAUAAAAGGUGGUAUUGGUGCUUCCCUCUCUGGACGGCGGACAUUUUUCUAUGAUGUCACGCUCAGGGUGGGAUAAUGUUAUGCUGCAGGUUGCGAGUCAUAGAAAUGUAGGUUUGUUUAUCUUUCCAACACUUUUCCUUAUUGAUCAGGAAGAAAAUUGUGCCACAUUUCAGGGUAAAACAACAUAUUUGAUAACGUUAGCAGUCAACCACCUCCAAGCUAACAUUACAGUUUCAUCAUAUCCCAUGUUUACAUAAAUGGGCAAGAUGCAUGAUGAUAUUUUGGCGUAUUUCCUAUCAUACCAUGUAAGAUGUAUCAAACAGCAACUUUAGCUCGGAAGCAGUUGAAUGCUAACAUUAGCUGUUGUCUAAUAGAAGCUAAACGGUGUUGUUUUACCUUGAAAUAUGGAUUUGUAGUUCCGAAUCAAUCUGAAAACACUGAAAUGAAAGCACUUCAGACUGCCUAUGAUCAUAGACCAUGCACCCUGGUACACAGCAAUACAACGUCCGACUUCCCACCUUGAGCGUGAUGUCAGAAGACAAUGGCCGCCCUGAUGAACACGGCCUGUGAGGCCAUCUUGAGACAACGCUGAUGAUGAUACGUCUGUCGUGUCAGUUCUGUUAGCUUAAACAAAUCCAGCCACCGCUUCGUCAUUUAAUUGUGACACUGUGAGAACUAAUCAAGACCAUUUUUGUUGAUUUUUCAUUUUACACUUGUUGACUCUGCCAGUGAAACCCUGAAGAAAUUAGAUGUUUCUUUCGGUUACGUAAGGAUCAGGUGAUGGACAAACAUUGCAUAGAAGAAGAUGUUUUGAUCAUGCUCUGAUGUGAUGGCAGCAGUAUUAAUUGUGGGAGGAUGUGGCCAAACAUCUGUAAUAUGAAGGAGUGUAUUUAACAUGAUCUUUUUCUUUUUUUUUUUUAACAUAGUGCCAUUUGAAAAGGGUGGAUGCCAUCUGCAUGCACUUCAACUAACACACUAAAAACCCCCUUCUUCUUUUCAUUUCUACCCCCAUUUCUGUCGGGGGUCACUAAUUAUCUUUACUGCGCUUCAUUUUGCAAAGAAGUGACGACCCCGACUGUUGGACUGAGCAAAGACAGAGUUAGGGCUGUAAAAAUUAAAGCGCACCCAUGCUUAGGUUGGGUGUAAGUCCAAAUGGAUGUAUCAUUAAAGUAACAUCAGCAUUUUUCUAACGUUUGUUUUUUCAUGUGUUCUUUACUUUACUUUUGUUGACUUUAAUCCCUCUUCCUGUUGAUCUAACCGUUUACUAACUCCCAUCUGACUAACCUAAUGACAAUAUGUGAGCCUUCAGUGAUCUGUGACUCUUGCUUUUUUUUUUUUUUUUUUUUUUUUUUUUU